AUGCCCCGAACCUUUAGUGCUUCCGAAGUAGCUGAGCACAACAGUGCUGCCAGCUUGUGGGUGGUGAUCAACUCCAAUGUCUAUGAUGUCACCGAGUUCCGAUCGAUGCAUCCGGGCGGGGAGGAGCUCCUCCUGGAGUAUGGAGGACAAGAUGCCUCCUUUGAAGCACAACUAGGUCAUGGUACGAGCCGCAAGGCUAGAAGUUUGAUGUCAAGAUAUCUUAUUGGGACUCUGGCCGAAGAGCCACAACAGAUCCCGGUCAAGAGUAUCAUAUCUUUAGAAGAUAUGGCAGCUGCUCAUGAUGCAGCGAGCGCUCCUGCUGCGGCUGCUGUAGGUGGCGGAGGCAAGAUGGUGGAUCUUGAGAACCUGGGAAGCACGGAAGCACCCAAGAACGUCGCAUUGGAUGACCUUGGGAGUGUGGUCCCCAAAAAGGCUAUCGCAUUAGAUGACCUGGGUAGUGCUGCCCCCAAAAUCAAGGUGGUUGCUCUGGAUGACCUUGGCACUGCAGCUGCUCCGAAAGGCAACACUGUUGCAUUAGAGGAGCUAGGGAAGCCGGGAAAGUCCGAGAAGAAGAGCAACAAGAAGGCCACCAAUUUAGAGGAUCUUGGCAAUGUAGACUUGCCCUCCUACGGAACUCGGACUGGACGAAAUCCACACCGAAAACUUACAAACGAGAAGAACAUUGAAGAGGAAGAUCCGAAAGCAGAAGAAGUGCAGGAAGUAGAGAAGGUUGAGGAAGUGGACGAUGAAACUAAAGGCCUUGUGAAGAUUCUUCUUGCCAGCUGGGCGUUGGCAAACAAGCAAGAAGAUCAGCCAGAGGCCGUCAAGGUGUCAGAGGGGGAGAAUGAAGAUCAAGAGGAGUCUGAGGAGGAGAUCAUGGAGGCAAAUGAGGUAGAGCCUGAGAAGAAGAAGAGCAGAUGGGCAAGGUUGUCGCCCAAAAUCAAUCUCCGCAGCAGCUUCGAGUGGAGAACAGGAGCUUCAAAUGAGAAGAAAGCGGCAACUCCCAAUGACGAUGACACAGUUCAAGAAGACAAAGAAGAAACAGUGCAAGCAUUAUUAGGCAGUCAAGUGCCUAAAAGCUACACCGAGAUGUUCGAGUUCAAUGCCACCGUCAUGGGCUUUGGAAGACAUCGGUGGCUUGGAGAAGUGAACCGAUCCUUCAAUGACAUCGUGACGAAUGCAGCGAAUCGAGGGCGCUUGCAGGAAGAAACGGAAGUACUUGCCUUGCGCAUUUGCAAAACAGUGGAGGGUGAGGCGACACUGUCAAUGUAUAAAUCUGCAAUGCUGGCAGCGCUUCGCUCAAUGCUGCCCAAGACUUGGGACCCACAGCAUGAGACUGCUUGGAACUGGCUCUGGGAUGCAAUCGACAAGAACUUGCGGAACAUCCUCUAUAAGCCUCGCUCUUGGCAGCCAGCUCUUCUGAGACUCAUGUCCAGGUUCUCUGACAAGGAAAAGGAAGCGAUGCGGGAUGAAGUGUACGUGCGCUUUUUCCAGGUGGCACCUCAGGGGCAGGACUUCUUCAAGCAAUCCAACACACGGCUCCACUUCAUCGCCACUAGGGCCAUGGACAUGACCUCCGAGCUCUUCAACGACCCCUGGGAGAUGACCGAGCAGAUCUCAGCCUUGGGUUUGCGGCACGUGGGCUAUGGUAUCCCAACGCAUUUGAUAGAACCCUUUGCCAACUGCUUCGUGGAAGUCUUGCGGGAAAAUGCACCCGGAGAGGAGACAGCUCUUGAAGGCUUUCAGUGGUCGAUAGGACUCGUGGCCAAGAUUCUCAUCCGGGUCAUCCAGGAGGGCUCAACCAUCGUCAUGAAGGCCAUCAAUGCCAACUCGGCGCUCCAGCUGCGGAAGGCUGUGGCCCUGGCUCCGCGUGGUGAGCGUGCUCAGUGGUUGCUUUGCAUCCAGGUGGGAACCCAAAAUAUUUCUCCACUCUUCUGGUCGAUUGAGAGCGGCAGCUUGGAAGCUGCACGCGCCAUGAUCCAGGACUUGCUGACGAUCCGUGCAGACCGAGACAGGUACUACUACGGAGUGGAUGCACUGUUUCAAGCUCAUCCGGACAUCGUGGAGAUCUUGUGCGCGAAGGCGCAACAGCUUCUCUCAACUCUGCUGGAUGGCUUGGUCUGGCGAAGCAAGCGCACGAUCAAUUCGUGGCGACGAGUGAACUUCUAUGUGAAGCACUUGGUGGUGAGGGAUGGGAAAUUUGCAGGAGCAUUGAAUGCAAUUUGUGUAUCCAAUGACGUGAAAAUCAUCUCGAACCAGGUCGUGGUGUUGCUGUCCGACACGCUCUGGGCAGGUGUUGUCCGACGUCAGUUUAUCUUGUCCAAAGUCGGAUUCCUCUUUAGUUUGAUGGUCUUCAUGUUGAGUGAAGCCAUCUUGCCGAAGAUAGCCUCCGCGGAUGAGCUGAACAUUCGGAUAACCGUUUUUGCUGGCCGCAUCAUCAACUAUGGCUUUAGCAUGCUGCGGUUGUUGAUUUUCCAUGGAAAGCGCAUCUUCAAGGCCUACAAGACGGGUGCAGUGACGCCAGGGCGAUGCCCUCUGCCAUUGUACCUCAAGGAUGAGGAUGCGAAGAUGGGCAUUUGCCUGCUGUUCUUGCUCAUGGCCAUGUGCGCCGGCGAACCGAUGUUCUACUGCCUCCACCAGAUCCCCAUCACAGGACCUACCGAAAGAUGCAAGGAAGCUGAAAGUGUGAUGCAGCUCUACAUCAUCCUGGCCAUGGCGGCCAUGGUCUUACACUGGCUGCUGGUCAUUAACCUUUCAGUCUUUGCCACCAAGUUGGCAGCCUUCGUUCUGGUGAUUCGAGAAGUCUUUGGGGAGGUGGGCAAGUUUAUGGUGGCCAUCAUCUUUAUUUUGGUGACCUUUAGCAGUGCCAUCGCCUCCUUGAGACAUGAAGUUGCAGAGUUCCGCACGUUGCCCAAAGCGGCCAACUGCCUUUUUGCCACCACCGUGGGCAUUUACGAAGGCGACUACCGGGAAAUGCUCCACCAGCCAGCUCUCUUGGCUGCCGUUUUCAUGUUCAUCACAGUCUCAGCCAUUUUGCUCAUCAACCUGCUGAUUGCCCAGCUGAACUGCUCCUACGACUAUGUCUACGGAGACAUGGUGGGCUUCGCUCGCUUGGCUCGGGGCCGUUUGAUUGUGGAUUCGAUGGUCGCAUGUCCACCGACCAGGUUCGUGAAGUUUGUGGCCAGCUUGCGCUUUGAUCAACUCUUAGAGUUUGAUGAGGGCGAUGUUGGUCUGGGUGGUGGCAUCCAAAUCAAAGAACCUGCGAACCAAAAUCCCACCUCCGACGACAUCAUCCAGAGGUUUGGAGGCACAAGCUCUCCUGACAUGCAGUGGCCAGAAGAGGAGAAUGAGUCCGACCGCUAUGCCCGGAUCAAGGCCCUCAUCAUGCAGCUGCGGAAGGGUCCCGAGGAGAAGUUUUCAAAGCACAGUUCUGCUGGCACGGGCAAUGGCACCAGCGCCAGUGGCCAUACCACCAGCCAGCAAGAGGGGGAUGAGUCCAGCAGCAGUCACUGA